AAGUCUAUUCCGCCACCAAGCGUCCGCAACGACGUAAAACUAGGUCUCGUCCGCAAUGACGAUAAACUACGAAGCGUCCGCAACGACGUAAAACUAGGUCUCGUCCGCAAUGACGAUAAACUACGAAGCGUCCGGGAUGACGUUAAACUAAGCAUCCACGUCCGCAAAGACGUUAAACUACGGAUCGUCCGAAACGACGAUAAACUACGGACCGUCCCGCAUGACGUUUAA